AUUCAGUACGACAUUUGGCAUUAAUAAAAUUAAUUUCAAGCUGUAGACAUCUAUCCUGCAUAAAAUAUUAUUUUCUCACGAUGCCGCGUCCGUCGAAAGUCGAAUUUUGUGAUCCGUCGAAUCGGGAAUCGCAUGAUUCAGAGCCAGACGAAGAGUUUAUGAAAUAUUUGUGCAGUGAUGAGAUGCUCAAGAUGAUCAACUCAGACGAAGUGCCCUCAACAAGCCGCAAGACCAAGAAGUCCAAGAAGUCCAAGAAGGCCAAGAAGAAGAGCAAAAAGAGUUCCAAGUCUUUCAACAGGGCCCUGAUGACUACAGAAGAUCCAAUUGAACCCUUACAAACGGAUACCUCCUUUGAUCUUCAUUCGUCCUGGGCUCCGGUCUUACAACCGUCGCCCGACAAGUUUUGUCUGCAGGGCAACCAGGGGAACUUUGAACUCAUGGAUAUUAGAUCCGUGGAGGAGCUAAUGCCACCACCAGGAUCAUCUAUAGUAUUCAAGGCCCAACCAUUACCCACCCAAAAGAAGGCGAAACAGGUGCCGGAAGUAGGCGGGUCGGUGGCAAAACCAUUCUUCGAUAUAGAGUGGAAAAAUUACCCCAACUAUCCUCCCAAACCGUCCGUGGAGUCCAAUGUGGAUUUGUUCGAUCCCAAUCUGCCGUCAUCAUCGCACAUAUGGAAGAAUUACAAACGUCUAAAGGAGGGUUCGGUGCUGCCGUCGGAAGCGGAGUGGCCAUUGAGUUGUAUGGCAGGUCAGGAGGAAUCAAAAUCUCCGCCCACAAAAUCCAAGGAAUACCUGACGUCCGAGGCACCUUCCUCCAAUGCCUCUGAACCCCAAGAUAAUAGUGCUGCGGACGGCCUUAGAAAAAGGCCUCAUGUGGCAUUCGAAGUAGGAGCUCGCCAAGUUGAUGCUGUGGAGCCAAAGUUCGUAAAACGAGUGCACUACGAAGUGGUCCCGAAAACUCUUUCCAAACUCGGCACUCCAAAGACAACUGCAGUAGAUCUAGUUAAAGGAAAGCAACUGACCGAGGAGGAGUGGCUACAACAAUGUAGUAAGAUCAUCUUCCAACAUCUGCAACUUCUAAUAAGCGAGAGUACCAAGACAACAUGCAAAGAACCAGGAGCCACUGGUUUCAGAAGCGGGAUAGCCACAAUUCGCCUCGAGGACUUAGACGAUAUACUUGACCAAAACAAGUCGGAAUUUAGGAAUCCGCAAUCGAAACGACUCGCCUCCAAGUGGACACAGCAAUAUGGUUUCAAGUCGGUCGAGCACUUGCGCAGAUCGUUGGUGCUUAUACCCAUACCAGUUCGUCAGGAGCAGUGCCUCCAGAAGAUCAGGAUCCUCAGACGUCCCACCAAACCUAAAAGCGAGCCUUUGUCCCUGAGCAUCGAAUUGAAGUUCUGUAGGCUGUUUUGCACCCUUUAAAUGAACACACAUUUGUAUCCUGAGGUAGCUGCCAUGAGAGGGGAGAAUGCCGUCUACAAAAGCAUUAUUGGUGUGAUUGAAGUGCGAACUGGGCCCUCUCAGAUAGGCUGGGUAUGGCCUAAUGGCACAGUGAUGAUUAUGAACGGUAGAAGCAAUGAAGAGUUGGCCGAAACCCUACACAAAAUCGUAGCCAAGACCAUGGGGAAUAUGAACUUCCAGGCCGAUCCCAGCCACAAGCUUCUAUACCUACGUCUCUUUUCCGGUGCCAACUUCCCCUGGAGCGUUAAUUUGGAGGAGUUUAGUAGGAUCCACACUCUUUCUACACAACCAUUCCUUCGUGAGGCGAACUUCGUUUACUAUGUGAACAAGGAACUGCCCGGGGUGUCAGCUAGACUCUAUGAGUCGGGAGUGUUCCAGGUCUUUGCCAUGACCAUGGAUGAGGCGGAUGAAAUGGUGAAGCGACUGUACUACUGUUCGUCCAGUUAUCGAAAACCCCAAAUUUAUCAGAAAUCAAAGUAAAAACAAUACUUACAAAUAAAAAGAAACUUCGAUGUUUAUGCAGAUAAGUAUAGAAUUCGUUUUCAUAAUUAUAGUAAGGCCCCUGUGGACGGCAGUCCACGUAGUAACGAAUCGCCCCGAGAGUGUGGGGAGGAAGAUUAAAACAAACCGGCAAAAAUGAAAAUCUGUAACUAUGCGAAAGGUAUAGUGCAUUUCUUUGGUACUAAAGGUCUUAGUAAGUAAUAUAUAAGUCGAUUGGUUCAGGUUAAAGUGGUAGGGAAUCCGGAGAGGUAAAGCAAAUCACUCAAAGUUGUAGAAAACACUUUGUUUUUAUAGCAAAAAAUUAUAAUCCCCUGUUCUGGACUAUUACCAGUAAUUCCCAUUAAAUUGUCUGUAAAGACAUAACAGUUUUCACAAUGUUAUGUUAAUUUCAAGAGCGAAAAAUCUUUACACAGUCUAUAAUCACAGAACUCAGUGAAAAUACGUCUGAUUUUGUCAGCCGACAAAUAUGACCUGGUCAUUGUCUUUAGUUAAAUUGUUUUAAUUCAGAUAAAACCUAACAUAAUAUUUUGAAACUGAAUGCUUCCGGAAAAUCAAUUUAACUCAACGACAUAUUAACAUUAAAAUUAGAAAUCGUCCCGUUUAAAUUAAUACACUUACGUUCUCCGA